CACUUUCCCUCGGCGGGGACAGCUCAGCAGCAGCGGCGGCGACGGCUCUGCCUCAGCUCUAUCCCCAGCCCUGGCCUCGGUGCCCGCCGCUCCCCGCCCGCUCCACGGCCGCCCCUUGGCCGCCGCCCCGCCGCCGCUGUCGUCCUGCUGCUGCUCCGCCGCCGCCUCCUUCUCCUCAUGAAGCCCGUCGUCGUCUUCGUCCUCGGCGGGCCCGGGGCGGGCAAGGGGACGCAGUGCGCUCGCAUCGUGGAGAAAUACGGCUACACGCACCUUUCUGCUGGUGACCUCCUUCGAGAUGAACGAAAAAGGCCAGGCUCACAGUAUGGAGAACUCAUUGAGAGCUACAUUAAGGAGGGAGAAAUUGUACCGGUUGAAAUAACAAUCAGCUUGCUGAAGAGGGCUAUGGAUCAAACAAUGGCUGCCAAUUCCCAGAAGAACAAGUUCUUGAUUGAUGGAUUUCCCAGGAAUGAAGAUAAUCUUCAAGGCUGGAAUAAAACUAUGGAUGGAAAGGCGGAUGUUUCUUUUGUUCUCUUUUUCGAUUGUGACAAUGAGAUAUGUAUUGGCCGCUGUCUUGAAAGAGGCAAGAGCAGUGGUAGGAGUGAUGAUAAUCGGGAGAGUCUGGAAAAGAGAAUUCAUACGUAUCUGCAGUCUACUAAGCCUAUAAUAGAUUUGUAUGAGAGAAUGGGAAAAGUCAGAAAAGUGGAUGCUUCUAAGUCUGUUGAUGAAGUUUUUGAAAAAGUUGUACAAAUUUUCGACAAAGAAGGCUAAUUCUCAGCUUGAAAGUUCAUUUAAACUUGUGCUUGAAUCUUGCUUGAAUAGCUGCUACUGCAGUCCACUCUGUAAUUGUUUUAAAAGAUUUUUUUAUUGUUUUUCACAUAUCUAAUGAUGAUUGGAAAAGCAGUUAAUUACAAAUGGAUCUGUUUUUUAAAUAAGAAAUCAUUUCUUGUGGCUAUAGCAUACAAAUUUCAGGGUUCUGCAUUAGUACAAGUUCAGUUACUCACAUGGCGAAACCACAGUUGAAGUAUCUCUCUGAAGAGACUAUUUGUUCUGUCCCAGUUCUGUGCCUAUCAUGGGCAGCCCUUCUUACUCCUUAUUGCCAUAUACUUUUUUUUUUUUUCAAGGAUCAAUUAAACAGCAGCAUUAAGCAAUGAGGGACCCGUGUGCCCUUGUUUGUUUUUAGGAUGCUUGGACCAAAUUUAGCAGAUAUUUUUUCAGAUAAUAAUUUUGUCACAAAGUUCCCUGUUAUUCCCAAAGCCAAAUUCUUUAAGUCAAGCUACAGUUAGUAUGAGAAUCUGUUCUAGCAGGUCUCACAAAACUAUAUAAUAUGCUGUUCAGGAGUAGACAUACAAAGUACUUCAUGGAAAGUGGUGCUUUCUUAUGACUCUGGAUGUAAACUGUCUUGUAAGUUCCUGAGUACCUGGAUGACAUGGCCCUGGGCUUUACCUUGUCUUCAUUUGCAAAAGGUUAAGAAUAUAAUUUCAAAGUCAGGUCAGUAUUUCCAUAGUCAUUUAUUUUAAACGAAGUUUAUAUUCUUAAUUACAGCAUGGUCUUCACAAGAUGGCAAAACUCUUAAAUAGCAUACAAUAAGCAAAAUCUUCUAACAGUUCUGUCUUUUGUAACAAGUGGAAGGGAAUUUCUGUAUUAUUAUUAUUGUUGAAAUACUGUAUUACUGAAUGCUUUAAGGUUUGGUACCUGGGGAAAUACUUUUAUGGUUAAACUAGUGAAUUUGUUUCCCUAAAAUUGUAUAAUUUUAAUAGCUGUUUGUUUGAAAAUAUUGUAAAUUAUUGCACUUUUGUUGUUACGUGGUCAGCUGAAGGGAAGAUACCUGCAGAAAAAAGUACCAUUCCCUUAAACAAAUUGGGUCUUGCUUCAUCACGUUUUCUUGAAUUAGCCAAGUACAGUCAUCAGCAAUAGUUGGGAUAAGCAGAUAACUGGUUGAAACAAACUGGUUUAAAAGUUUGCACAGAUGUGGUGUAAUUCUGCCUUUUGUUUAAAGUAACCUUUUCUCUCUUCUAUAUAGUAUGCAUAGGUAUGUGGGGCCCCAACCAUGCAUUCCUUGCAUGCCCUGAGCUUUCACUGAAGAAGGCUCCAGAAGGCUUGAAGAUGAGUGUUUUAACUAAUUUUAGUGGUAGAGUGUUCUUCCUACAUUAACUGACAGUGUAAUCGGUUUGUGAUAUGCUAAUAGAUGUUGCAAAUUAUAGGCAAUUGCAAUUUGGAAAUCUUGGGGCUCAGCUUUUCUUUAUUGAUGACUUUCUCUAUUUAAGGAAAAACUUUGAAUUAAGCCUAGCUUCUAAUUGGAAUCAGAUGUGUUGGUACUCAUCCUGCAGCGUGAUCUGUGCGGGCUGAUUUGUAUUUGUAUGAAUUCUCUUCUUGCUGAGGUUCUUGAGGCUGCUGGACUGGGGAAGAGAUGGGUACAGAAAGAAAGGGUAAACUACAGUAUCUUUUCCAGUAUGGUAGGAGUUCAAACAGUGGACUGAGCACAAAUAGCUGUUUGCUACUGCAGAAUAUAUGGACCAUGACUACUUUUGUGAGUGUGGGAGGCUAAUGCUUUUGCUUUAGGAAUUUCCCCUUAAAAAAAAAAAAAUCAUGGAAUUAAAUUGUUAUUGUAUAAGUAUGCUGACAUAGGAUAGGAUCCAGCAAAAAUGCAUGUUUUGAUAUGAAGGUUAGAAUCAGGGUUUUUCCAAAAAGACUUCAAACAGGAUUCUUUUAAUCUAAUUAGAGAGAUUUAAUUAUCUUUUGUUUCUAAGUUACUGGUUUUUACAAGUUCUGUUCAGAAUAGAGUAUCUGUUUUCUCUCAUCAUAUACUUUUCUGUGUAUUUAAGUGCUGAAACAAAGAAAAAAAACCCUUUGGAGCAAGUUUUUAGAAAAAAACAAUGUUUUGGCAAUAUUGAAUUUGGAGUGGAUUGUAAAGUGUCUGUGCAAAGACUAGAUUUUUUUUGUCAUUUUAUUUAUUGAAGAUGCCAUUAAAUGUGUUACCAAUUCUUUCAAGUUGGACUUAUGAUUGAAAUAAAGAUUAAAGGCAAUAUGCCAAUGUGUUGUGUCUGUUUAGCAGCAAAACUGUACAAAGAAUUUGAGGAGAUCUAAUAAACUUUGUUCUGUGGCUUAACACGA